GCGGCGGGGCGGGAGGCGGCCAGGUGCGCUCCCCGCGGAUGCCCAGCCGGGGCCCAGCGAGCGCCAGGUAGUUCCAGUUUGCCAGCAGAAUGAGCACAGAAAGAGACUCAGAAACUACCUUUGAUGAGGAUUCUCAUCCUAACGAUGAGGUGGUUCCGUACAGCGACGACGAAACCGAAGAUGAGCUGGAAGACCAGGGGCCUGCCGUGGAGCCAGAACAGAAUCGCAUCAACAGAGAAGCCGAGAGCAGCCGGGAGACGGUCCGGAAAGACUGCACAUGGCAAGUGAAAGCAAAUGACCGAAAGUUCCAUGAACAGCCUCAUUUCAUGAACACAAAGUUCUUUUGUAUUAAGGAGAGCAAAUAUGCGAAUAACGCAAUUAAAACGUACAAGUACAACUCACUCACAUUUCUACCAAUGAAUUUGUUUGAACAAUUUAAGAGAGCAGCCAAUUUCUACUUCCUGGUCCUCCUCAUAUUACAGGCAAUUCCUCAGAUCUCCACCCUGGCGUGGUACACCACUCUUGUGCCCCUGCUUCUGGUCCUGGGCAUCACAGCCAUCAAAGAUCUGGUGGAUGACGUGGCUCGCCACAAAAUGGACAGGGAAAUCAACAACAGGACGUGUGAAGUCAUUAAGGAUGGCAGGUUCAAAAUCACCAAAUGGAAAGACAUUCAAGUUGGAGACGUGAUUCGUCUGAAAAAGAAUGAUUUCAUCCCAGCUGACAUUCUUCUGUUAUCCAGCUCUGAGCCCAACAGUCUCUGCUAUGUGGAAACAGCUGAGCUAGAUGGAGAAACCAAUUUAAAGUUCAAAAUGGCACUGGAAAUCACAGACCAGUAUCUCCAAAGAGAAGAGAGCUUGGCAGCGUUUGAUGGUUUCAUUGAAUGCGAAGAACCGAACAACAGGCUGGAUAAGUUCACGGGAACACUGUUUUGGAGGAACGGGAGUUUUUCCUUGGAUGCUGACAAGAUUUUGCUGCGCGGCUGUGUCAUUAGGAACACCGACGUGUGCCAUGGCUUGGUCAUUUUUGCAGGUGCUGACACUAAGAUCAUGAAGAACAGUGGGAAAACGAGAUUUAAAAGAACUAAAAUUGACUACUUGAUGAACUACAUGGUGUACACGAUCUUUAUUGUUCUCAUCCUGCUUUCGGCUGGCCUGGCCAUUGGCCACGCAUAUUGGGAAGCCCAAGUUGGCAAUUAUUCCUGGUACCUCUAUGACGGAGAGAAUGCCACCCCCUCCUACCGGGGCUUCCUGAAUUUCUGGGGCUACAUCAUCGUGCUCAAUACCAUGGUGCCCAUCUCCCUCUAUGUCAGCGUGGAAGUGAUUCGCCUGGGACAGAGUCACUUCAUCAACUGGGACCUGCAGAUGUACUAUGCCGAGAAGGACACGCCAGCAAAGGCAAGGACCACCACGCUGAACGAGCAGCUCGGGCAGAUCCAUUACAUCUUCUCCGACAAGACGGGGACGCUCACACAAAAUAUCAUGACCUUCAAAAAGUGCUGCAUCAACGGCCAAAUCUACGGUGACCAUCGAGAUGCUUCUCAACACAGCCAUAACAAGAUAGAGCAAGUGGACUUCAGCUGGAAUACGUUCGCCGAUGGCAAGCUGGCAUUUUACGACCAUUACCUCAUUGAGCAAAUCCAGUCAGGGAAGGAGCCAGAAGUCCGACAAUUCUUCUUGUUACUUUCGGUUUGCCACACGGUCAUGGUGGACAGACUUGAUGGUCAGCUGAAUUACCAGGCAGCCUCUCCUGACGAAGGCGCCCUGGUGAAUGCCGCCAGGAACUUUGGCUUUGUCUUCCUCACCAGGACCCAGAACACCAUCACCAUCAGCGAGCUGGGAGUCGAGAGGACCUACAGUGUCCUUGCCAUCUUAGACUUCAACAGUGACCGCAAGCGAAUGUCUGUGAUUGUGAGAACCCCAGAGGGCAACAUCCGGCUGUACUGCAAAGGUGCGGACACUGUGAUCUACGAACGGCUGCAUCACAUGAGCCCCACCAAGCAGGAAACCCAGGACGCCCUGGAUAUAUUUGCAAGUGAAACUCUUCGAACCUUAUGCCUCUGCUACAAGGAAAUUGAAGACAAGGAGUUUGCAGAAUGGAAUAAGAAGUUCACGGCCGCCAGUGUGGCCUCGAGCAGCCGGGAUGAGGCUCUGGAUAAGGCGUACGAGGAGAUCGAGAAAGACUUAAUCCUCUUGGGAGCAACAGCUAUUGAAGACAAGCUACAAGAUGGCGUUCCAGAAACCAUUUCAAAACUCGCAAAGGCUGACAUUAAGAUCUGGGUGCUCACUGGAGACAAAAAGGAGACAGCUGAGAACAUAGGCUUUGCGUGUGAACUUCUGACAGAAGACACCACCAUCUGCUACGGGGAAGAUAUCAAUUCUCUUCUUCACACGAGGAUGGAGAACCAGAGAAACAGAGGUGGCGUCUAUGCGAAAUUUGCUCCCCCUGUGCAUGAGCCUUUUUUCCCUCCUGGAGAGAAUCGUGCCUUGAUCAUCACGGGCUCAUGGUUGAAUGAAAUUCUCCUAGAGAAAAAGACCAAGAGAAGUAAAAUCCUGAAGCUGAAGUUCCCAAGGACAGAGGAGGAGCGGCGCAUGCGGACGCAGAGCAAGAGGAGACUGGAAGCGAAGAAGGAGCAGCAGCAGAGGAACUUCGUGGACCUGGCUUGUGAGUGCAGCGCCGUCAUCUGCUGCCGCGUCACCCCCAAGCAGAAGGCCAUGGUGGUGGACCUGGUGAAGCGGUACAAGAAGGCCAUCACGCUGGCCAUUGGGGAUGGAGCCAAUGACGUGAACAUGAUCAAAACUGCCCACAUCGGUGUUGGAAUAAGUGGACAGGAAGGAAUGCAGGCCGUCAUGUCCAGUGACUACUCCUUUGCCCAGUUCAGAUAUCUCCAAAGGCUGCUGCUGGUGCAUGGCCGGUGGUCCUACAUACGCAUGUGCAAAUUCCUGCGGUAUUUUUUCUACAAAAACUUCGCAUUUACCUUGGUCCACUUCUGGUACUCUUUCUUCAAUGGCUACUCAGCGCAGACGGCGUACGAGGACUGGUUCAUCACCCUCUACAACGUGCUCUACUCCAGCCUGCCGGUGCUCCUCAUGGGGCUGCUCGACCAGGACGUGAGUGACAAGCUGAGCCUGCGAUUCCCAGGGCUGUAUGUCGUGGGACAAAGGGACUUGCUGUUCAACUACAAGCGGUUCUUCGUCAGCCUGCUGCACGGGGUCCUCACGUCAAUGGUCCUCUUCUUCAUACCGCUCGGGGCUUACCUGCAAACUGUGGGGCAGGACGGGGAGGCGCCCUCUGACUACCAGUCUUUUGCCGUCACGGUUGCCUCAGCGCUGGUGAUCACAGUCAAUUUCCAGAUUGGCUUGGACACCUCCUACUGGACUUUCGUGAAUGCGUUUUCAAUCUUUGGGAGCAUUGCGCUGUACUUUGGCAUCAUGUUUGAUUUCCACAGUGCGGGCAUACACGUCCUCUUCCCUUCUGCAUUCCAGUUCACAGGCACAGCGUCAAAUGCCCUGAGACAGCCAUAUAUUUGGUUGACCAUCAUCUUAACCGUUGCAGUCUGCUUACUACCCGUUGUUGCCGUCCGUUUCUUGUCAAUGACCAUUUGGCCAUCAGAAAGUGAUAAGAUCCAGAAGCACCGCAAGCGGUUGAAGGCCGAGGAGCAGUGGAAGAGGCGGCAGAACGUGUUCCGCAGGGGCGCCUCGUCCCGGCGCUCGGCCUACGCCUUCUCGCACCAGCGCGGCUACGCGGACCUCAUCUCGUCCGGCCGCAGCAUCCGCAAGAAGCGCGCGCCGCUGGACGCCAUCAUCGCCGAGGGCACGGCGGAGUACCGGCGCACGGUGGAGAGCUGAGCCGCGCCUUCACCGUCGCAUCCUCCAUCGCAGCGGGCUGACGAUGCGCGGCGGAGCGCUGAGCGCUGCGCAAGGGACCCACACGCAGGGCAAAUGUCUAGUUUUUUUUUUUUUUUUAAAUAAAAGACUCAGGACUUUUUUUUUUUAAUUUACACAAAACUCUACUUCUCAUAGAGAUACUGAGAACAGUAACCUUUAUGAUAAACUUUUGGGAUGGGCUACUCCAAGAGACCACCUGUGUCAUUCACUUGGUAUAAUGUUCAUUGCGAUUCAAAGGGAACCUUGUUACCUGGUCUCCAUCCAGGACGGCAGAUUUGGGGGGGAGGGGGUUGGGAAUCGUCUGAAGUUUCGGCUCCAGUGACACUGCGUUACAAAAUUGGAUCACACGUUCCUGCCUGUGACUGACGGUGUGGACUUCGCACAGGCUCCUCUUGGCCCCAGGCGCCACCUUGGUUUAAAAGAAUAAUUUUAAAGUUAUGAUGGUAACAACAAAAGUAGUCAUGGAUGUUCAUCUCCUGAAACUAAAUGGGGUAGUCCUCUUUGCAAAGAUGGUUAUAGGGUUCAUGUGCUCCUCAAAAUGGCUUAAUAAUUCAAUCAAAACUUCACAUUUCAUAAGGGGGCCAUUUCAGCCUGGCUUUGGUUGACCACCAGGUUAAAGAACUCAUUGCACAUUUUUAGCAACUUUCUGUCAUAUUAAGUUAUUUGAUUCCCUACUUUUUAAGUAAUCUAUUUACAGACAUUUAAAAUCAGUUUUUAAAAGCUGAAGUUAUCAUCAAUUGAUGUUAAAUUACAUUUUGCUAGGAGAAAUCCUGUUAUUUUAUUACACAGCAGGAUAGAUAAUGUUCAUAUACUGUAUAUUUCCGAAGUGCUAGAAGAAAGGGUUUUGAAUAUUUUCACCACAAAGAAGUGGUAAAUGUUCAAAGAGGCAAGCAAUCCCUGCUUUCAACCUUGUACAACAUGUGCAUGUAGUAGAACAUCCAUGUUGAGCUGCUGAGCUCAGAGGUAGAGUGUAAGUCCUUGGUUCAAUCUCCAAACCUGAAAGAAACACCAUAUGGUAUCACAUCAAAAUAUAUUAUCAUGUGUCCACUAUGAAUUAACAGGGGACUGGGAAAUAGCUCAGUGGAUAAAGUGCUUCUCAUGCAAGUGCGAGGAGCUGAGUUUGGAUCCCCGGCACACACGUAAGAUGCCAGCCACAUCCGUGCACACCUAUAAUCCCAGCACCAGAGAGGCUGAGACUGGAGGGUCCUGGGUGCUGUAGCAAGCCUGGCCCAACUGGGUGAGCUCUAGGUUCAGUGAAAGACCCUGUCUCAAAAAGUAAGGUGCAGACCAAUCAAAUAAGACAGCUGGUGCGGACCUCUGGUCUCCACAGGCACCUGCUUGGGCACUUACACAAACUUAACACGCAUGCAAUCACACACAUGAAAAAAAAAAAACUGAUUAAAAAAAAAAGGAAAGAAGAACUUGGCAUAGUAGUGUGCACCUUUAGUCCCAGCAUUUGGGAGGCAGAGGUAGGAGUGUGGUGCGUUUGAGGCCACACUGAGACUACAUAGUGAAUUCCAGGUCAGCCUGAGCUACAGUGAGACCUAACUGCAAGAGAGGAAAAAAAAAAUUCUACUGGAAACUUGGCUGUGUCUCCCUUUGGAUGAUAACUCUAGUUGAGCUCCUUUAGUCCACUGAUGCUUGGAGAAGGGGUUCUGUCAUCAAGAAAGUGGCCUUAUAAUCGAGUGAAGGUUGCCACUGCCACUACGUACAAGAGAUGAGAAGAGUGUAUGUAAAGUCUGGGGUCCUUUAGGAGCCCUCCCUUGAGUUGUCUCCGAGAAAAUGCAUGUGUAGUUUAAAUAAACCAAAAAUGAAAAUCAGGAGGGUACCGGUGAUAAAUUGCAGACUAUUUCUAGAGAGCUGUCUUUUAAAAGGAUCUUUUAUACAUUCCACUACACAAAGUAUUAUGAGGGCCUCACUCUUUGACCUCUGUCUCAAGUCUUAGAGGAAGAGACAUUGAGACCCCAUUUCUAAGGCCGAAGCACAGUAUAUUGCUUUCAUUUUGAUAGAAACUUUGAGCAAUUGAAAAAUAUCCUUACAAAGGUGAUUUUUUUUUCCUCCAUAAAUUCCUCUCAUUUUAUGUUUUUCACACAGUAAUUUUCCUAUUCUAGUGAAGAUAGAGAUGUGUUUUGGUAAUUUUUCUCUUUUCUUGCCAUGUUUGGGGAGAGUUUUCAUCUUUACCAUUUGGCUCUAAAUGUUGAUAUCAGGCUCUGAAUUUCCAGGAAGAAAUCAUACAUGUGAUCAUUGACCUUGCAUAUACACAGGAGGGGAAAGUUAAAUUCUAAUUUUGUAAUGCAUUCUCUAGGUAUGAUAAAAAUAUGUACGUCUAUUCUGUGGAGAUAAAUUUCUGAAAGUUUACAACUUUUACCCUGUAAAUAAAAACACUUGUAUAUCUCUUUUUUAUUUUUACAUAAAAGUUAGCUUGUGUAAUUUUUGUUUCAUAUUCCCUCCCAUUUUUUUGAAUUGUGGGAAAGGUUGGCAAUGCAAAUGUGUCAAAGACUUGCACUGUUGGACGCAAUAUUAAUUUUAAAAUGCAAAUUGGAUAAAUUAUUUCUAUAUGCUGUAAAUCUAAGAUUUAAUGUAUAUUUUUGUUUAAAAAUAAAUUCUUUAGUAAAAUUUUGGGAAAGUACAA